CUUAAAUAGUCGCGUAUUCAUUGCCUUUCUAAUAUUUCGACUCGAGUAUAUUUCUAUGUGUCUUGAAAAUAUCAGAAAUGUCAAAGCAUCAAGGGGUAAGCUGUGAUUCAUGCCAUAAAAAUAAUUUUCAAGGAAAACGCUAUAAAUGCUUAAUUUGCUAUGAUUAUGAUUUGUGCUCUGAUUGUUACAGAGAAAAUUUACUUCUGCGACAAAUUUUAAAUAAUGAUCACAUAAAUAUUGAUACAGACUCAAAUAUUCAUAAAGAAUCAAAAAAAAUAAAUAAAUUACCAAAGUUAAACAAUGAAACUGUAAAAUCUCAUGAUUUAUUAGCAUCUGAUGAAGAUUUAAUCCACCUUGAAGGUAAUAGAGAGAUAAAUCAAUUAAUUAAUUUAUUUGAAAAUUCUUCAACUUCCACUGAUGGAGAUGAUACAAUAGCAUUUUCAUCAUCUUUAAAUAGUGAGUUAGAUGAUGAUGAAAUAGAUUUUCUUAAUUCAAGGAUUAUUAAAACUAGCAUUAAUGAUAGCAAUGUUCAACAUUUAAAUAAAUCAAAUUUACAUAACAAAUCUAAUGACAGCAAUAAUAGAUUAUACCAACAAUUCCAAUCAAGAAUCAAGAAAGGCCUUAAAAAGCAAGAUCAUUCUCAAUCCUUUUCAAAUUCAAAUGAAAGGAAAGAAAAUAAAGAAAGUGGGAUAAAUAAUAAAAAGUUAUCAAUCCAAACAAAUGAUUUAUUUUCAAAUACCAGUUCAUCAUCCCAUGGCCAUGAUCCAAGUCAUCCAAUGCAAUGUAUUUUGACAAUUACUGACUAUGAUAUUUGUUAUGGUAGUGAAUCAUCGGCUCGGCACGCUCAAUCUUUCGUUUGCCCAUUUUGCGCUAGAUUAGGCUUCUCCGAAAAACAAUUAUACGAACACAUUGUCAAAGAACAUCCCAAAUCGAAAAGGGAAAUUGUGUGUCCCAUUUGCGCCGGAAAUUCAGGUAGAGAUCCACACUGCACGACUGACGAUUUUCCGACACAUUUCAAUCUCGAACACAAAUCAAUUUCCAGAGAUAUCGGAGAAAACGGCAGCUCAGUCUUGCCUCCCCCUGUGCCUACUUCUACUACAUCUUCCCAUCACCCCUCUACAACACUUCAUCAUUCACCUCUGACCCCUCAGACUGACUCUAAGCGUCGCCCCAUCGGACCGCCCGCUCCUUUAAGAAGAGCUGGAGCUUUAAGACGUGCUGUUGGCCCUACUCCCUCAGUCAGAGACGCCACUCCCUUUGCUUCCUUACUGGCUUACAUUGACGCUGGAGCUUCAAAUAAUACGAGGGAAAGCUUAAGAAAUAUAGGUGGAAAUUUGCAAAUUUUAACGAACGAUUUAGUAGGAAGGAGAGAAAGAGGUAGAUUGGGGGAAAGAGAUGCCUUGGAUUUGAUAUGGAGCGCAGCUGCGGAUGGAGCUCUAGAAUUUUCAACCCUGGUUAACGAUAACGAUGAAGAUUUUGAUAUUGAUAAUAAUAUUGGACCUUCGUCUCCGCCAUUGACCACCGCUCGUACACACCAUCACCCUAAACGUCUCAAUGAACUCCUAUUUCAAACCCGAACCCCACCUCGGAAUAUGCUUUCUCCCAUUGCAAAUCCUAAAGCCGUGCUCUCCAACUCAUUAUCAUCCCACGAAUUGCUUUCAAUAACAAAUGAUACGAAUGAUUUAAAUGAUAAUUCAGUCUUAAUCAAUAACAUACAAGAACCAUCGCUCUAUGAUUAUUAUUAUUAUGACUACGAUGACGUUGCGGAGGUAGACGAGAACGAUUCUCAGGAUGAACAAGAGGAUCCAUCUCAAGAAGGUUACGAAAUUCAAGAAGAAGAAACCGAGGAGGAAAUGGGAAGUGAUGGAGUCGAAGAAAGAAAGAGAAAGAAGGGAAUGUCUGAGAUACCGAUAGGGGGAGUAGCACAAAUAAAUGAUGAGAACAAGGAUUCCGGUGGGGUGCAAAGUUCGGAGACCAACGUUGGACUAGAUAAAAGAAAGCCAAGGAGAACAAAAAAAGUUGGUAAAACUCCUAAAUCAGACAUAUCUUCGCAACUAGAUUCCGAUUAUAGUUUGGACGAUGAAAUGACAUGGCCAUCGAUUAAUAACAAUUAUCAGGGUAACACAUCUUUCGAUUAUUUGAACAUUGGUCAACAGCAAAAUUUACAAAAAUUGCAAAACGAUAUGACUAGAACUUUUAAAGCUCUGGCCAAUGCAAACUUUUCUUCACCGUUGGGCAACGUUCAAACACUCUUCAAUGGCGCGAAUGAUAUGGAAAGAUUAGAAACAGGAUUAAAAAAUGAAUCUGAUAAAGAAUCCACCAUUUCCCUUUAUAGCAAUACUGUACUAUCGACUAAUCUUUUUAAACCUGAAAGCGAAUUUCUUAGUGUUAACAUACUGCAAAACGAAUUGAACCGAUUUCAGCUUUCAAGUAUCCCCAUCGAUAAAACAAACAUUAUUCAUCAUAAUCAAUCCAGUACGAAAAAUGCAAAAAAAAUUGCAAACAAAAACUGCCCUUUGAAUAGAACCCGUAACCUAGCCUCGAGGUGCAAAAUUGCUAAAAGAGUUCUUUAUACUUCUCUAACAUUACCCAUCGAUAAUUUAGUUAUAAAACAAUCGAACAAUUCUUUGCACAUAAAAAACCCUCAAGAUCAAAGCGUUCAUCUAAUUGAUAAAAAUGCCUUAGUUGUCAAACAAAAACGAUCAUUAUCUACACAUGCCAUAUUAAAUAAUAAUCUUAGAAAUUACAACCCUCUUCCCUCUAUUCCACCUCCACAAUCACCUUUCAAAAGCGGUAGAUCCACUUCUCUGAACAGCUCUGGUGGAAGUGGGCCCUAUCGUAGCAAUAGGAUUGGAUGGAAGCCUAGGGGUCCAGACCAACCUGUCUUAUUAAACCCAGUUUCCAUUCAUUAUAACUACCCUGCUAUCACUUCUUACAAUAAAAAUUUUAAAAGAGAUAUUGACUUCCAACCAUCAACAUUGCCAUUUAAAAAUAAACAAAGUUUGGUUGUUAAAAAGAGUAAUAACAGUCACCAAAAUGAUAAUGUGAUUAGAAGUUCACCUUGCAGAGUUUUGAAAGUUUCCUCUUGUGUCAGUAAAAAUACUACCAUUUCUAAUGGUGGGGAAGUUUCUGAUACAAUGAUUGUUAGCAAUACCAAUAAUAAAAAUAAUGAAACAUCUACAACUCAUGACAUAAAUGGCAAUGAAUCACCAUCUACUAGUCAAAACUUAUGAGCACAAAAAUAUUAUUAUAGUAUUACAAUAUUAUAUUUACGACAAAAUUAUUAAUAACCAUUCUAUUUUUAUUUUUUGCAUGUUGACAUAUUACAGCAAAAUUUUUUAUUGUACAUUUUGCAUUGAACAAUACUCGAAGUUUAAAUUUUUUAUUUAAAAAAAGAUGAACAAAAAUACUUUUAUUUUGACCCAUUUUUUCA